AUCAUUUCAACUGAUGAUUCAAGAUAUCCAGGUGGACCAAUGAUUGAUUUAAAACUUGGUCUAAAAGAUACUGAUGUCAAUGAAUUAAUUAUUGGUUUAAGUCAAUUCAAUUGGCGUUUCUCUGUACAUCGACCAACUUAUUUAGAAAUACCCGAAUUGAAAGGUUCAUUAAUGCGUAAUUAUGGUAGUGUAGUGAUUGGUGUACUGACAGAAUGUUUACCAACUGGUGAUUGUAAACUUGGCAUUGAAGAUUCACAAUUGAUUACUCAGCAUCAUCAAUAUUGGUCAAAUUUAUCUAAUAGUUUAAUGAUACCAUCACGAAAUGAUAAUGUUGAUGCACGAAUCACAGCAUUGAAUGGUGAAAUUGAAUUGGAAUAUCAACAACCAUCGGUAA